UACACUGUCCAUUGACUGAGGGAAGAGAAGGUGACCAUGAGUUCGGGGAGCAGUGACGUGCGGGUGUUUGUCCGGGUCCGACCCACCGCGAUAUAUAUACACAUAUAUGUACAGGGCUUGAGAAAUUUUCGGAGCAUCGACAUCCACCUGAAGAAGGACAAGAAGCUGGGAGUGGUCAAUAACAAGCAAUAUGAUUGGUCAUUUAAAAUGGACGGGAUCCUGCACAAUGCCCCCCAGGAGGCCAUGUAUGACACCGUGGCGAAGUCGGUUGUGUCCAAAGCCUUGCAAGGUUAUAAUGGUACAAUAAUGUGCUACGGACAGACAGGGGCAGGAAAGACGCACACAAUCACCGGGACAACAGAGAACUUCAAACAGCGAGGAAUCAUCCCCAGAGCCCUACAGCAGGUCUUCAAAGAGAUUGGAGAACAGAGCGAUAAAUCGGUGACUGUGACGGUUUCCUACCUGGAGAUCUACAAUGAGACUCUGUCUGACCUCCUGUCCACGUUACCCGAGGUGCCCGUCGCCGACACACAGAUGACCGUAGUCGAUGACCCACACGGGGUGUGCGUUAAAGGUUUAUCCGUCCACCAUGUUUCCAGCGAGGAACUUUUAUAAACUUUUAAAUUUUUUUAUAUUUAUUUUUAUUUAUUCAUUUUUUAUGAAGGGGAGACGAACCGAAUCAUAGGAUCGCACAUCCUGAAUAAAAACUCUUCCCGGUCCCAUUGUAUUUUCACCAUACACCUGAAGUCUUAUUCCAGGAAGUUAUCCGAUGCGAAGUACACGGUGUCAAAGAUUAACCUGGUGGACCUGGCAGGUUCUGAGAGACUUGGGAAAACUGGGUCUGCAGGGCAGCUCUUGAAGGAAGCCACUUACAUCAACAAGUCUCUGUCUUACCUGGAACAAGUCAUCAUUGCGCUGGCUGACCGCCGUGACCACAUCCCGUUCAGGCAGAGCAAACUCACCCAUGCCCUCAAGGACUCACUAGGAGGAAACUGUAAUACCGUGUUGGUGGCGAAUGUAUAUGGCGAGGCGGCUCAGAUUGAUGAGACUCUUUCUACUCUGCGAUUUGCCAGCAGGAUGAAAUGUAUACCGGCAGAGUGUGUUGUUAUCCAGCACCUUGACCCAGAGCGAAUGUGUAAAAAUUUGCAGCAAGAGAUUGAACACCUGCGCAGGGAGCUGUCCCUCCACGAUACUCUGGCCCGCCGAGCAGAGGUCGGCUACGAACCAUUUACCGACAGCCAGAUUGCUGAGAUUAACUCUCAGGUCCGAAGAUAUCUGGAGGGGAAGCAGGAUGAGAUAGAAGUUAUUAACCUUCGGCAGAUCCAGGAGACAUUUUCACAGUUCAGACUCAUUUUGAACCAGCGUGAGCAGGAAGUGGAGUCCAGACUGAGACAGAAAUACACACUGAUAGAUAAGAAUGACGGUGCAGCCAUCCCGGCGGUGCAGCUGGCCGGACUGGUGGACACGGAGGUCAAGUUGGUCGGAGAACUGGAUGGCGGGGGUUUUGGCAUUGGAGUGGUGCCAUUCUCUUCCAAAUCAAACACUUCUAUAUCUGCCAAAAAAAACAAGAGCCGGAAAUCAAAGGAGCUGGCCAGUCCUGUCGGGAAGAGAGAAGGUCCUCAGAGUCCAGCAAUUGGGAAGGACCUGGAAUCUCUUUCUCCAUCUAAAACCAUGUUCUCCAUGUCACUGCGGGACCUGGAUGUGAAGGAGACGGUUGUCAGAGAGCCGCAGGAACUCGGCGCCAUCGAUACCCAGUGCUCGGAGGUUCCCAUCAAAGAGGAAGCCAGCCGUCCCAGCUCCCCUCCCCCGAAAUCUGAAGCCUUCGAGGAUUUUAAAGCGGACCGCGGGAGUGAACUGAACCGAAUAUUUAAGGAGAAUAAAUCCAUCCUGGAGGACAGGAAGAGCAAAAUGAAGGAGAUCACACAGAGGAUCAAUAUGAUCAAGAAAGAGAUCGACGUCACUGCGCAGAACCUGGAUGUGACGAGACGGGAGAGAGAGAAGCAAGGUGAAUACAUCAGUGAGGAAGGUCAGGUCAUCAUUGAUGAACAGGAGUUCAUGCUAAUGGUCAGACUGAAGGAUCUGAAGAAACAAUAUCGGGCAGAUUAUGAUGAACUUCAAGACUUGAAGGCCGAGGUUCAGUACUGCCAGAAAAUGGUGGACAAAUGCCGACAGCGGCUGCUCACAGAUUUCGAGGCGUGGUAUAACGAGUCGUUUGUCCUCCCUGAGGAAGUGCAGAAUCUGGUGAAGGUUGGCGGCAUCCUGAGACCCGGAGUCAUUCCCGUCCGUAAGCUUCUGUCGCUAGGUGAAGAUGAACAGGAGCGAUACGAGAAACUACAACAGGAGCUGCUCAUGCAGGACCCGCGCUCUCUGCCUUUCAUCAGUGCCAGAAACAGAUUCAACCAGAAGCACAACUACAGCCGAGCGAUGGCUCAGCUCUCCCCGAUAAGGAAGAAGGCCGGAGUGAUCACCAGCAAUGUGAAGAACAAGAUUCCCUCCUUUCUGACCGCCAUGUGA